AUGACAAUUGAAGAGGAUAAGAGAAUACGACCUUAUUGUGUUGCUUUAUCUCAAAUCGCUUUGGCUCCAGAUGGAAUAUUUGAUGGGAACUCAUCAAGGACUACACAGGCUUUGAAAGAUCUUUAUACACAUUUUGACCAUGUUAUACGACCUGACUCACAAAUUUCAGCCAACCUAGCAGAUUAUGUGUUUGUUCCAUUGUCAUAUUUAUUAAAACAGCCUAAAUUAGGUGAUGUUCAAUUAGAGCUUUUAUUAAAGAUAUUAUCAUUAUUAAUCAAACAUUGUUGGACAACUCCUAAAUCUAUUCCUUAUGUUUUAGCUAAACAACUCUUUCCCUUGAUAACGUUUUUGACUGGAGGUAGCCCCAAUACAGAAGACAAAACAGAAAUCAAAUCCAAAUCAUCGGAAUUGAAAUUAGCAGGAUCUAUAGCAUUAGAAUAUUUCUUUCAUUCAUUAUCCAAACAAAAAGAUGCCAAAGUAUUUGAUUUUUUCUCAAACGUGGAAAAUUUGCCAGCUUUAGGUCAUGCUGUUACUGUACUUCUUUACUUUGCUGAACACGGACAGUCUGUUGAGCUUCAAUUACAGGCUAUAAAAACACUUGACACAUUAUUUUUCAAAUUAAUCAAAGAUGGUGAAAUACUUUCAUACAUUUUGCCUGGUAAUGUAUCAACAUUGACCAAGAUUAUUGCUGUACCAGCUUUGAAAACUCACUAUACAGUAAUGAUUGACGCUAUUACACUUCUUGGUGAUUUAUUGAUAAUGGUAUACAAAGAUGAAGAAUUAAAACCUAAAAUCAAUGAAUUGGAAUCCAUUGAGGAUGCCCUUGAAGGGACAGAAUUAGAUGUGAUCACUAUUGAAGAAGCUGAUUUAAAAAAGGUUCAUCGUACAAAUGCAUGGCUAAAGGCUACAUCAAGUCAAGUUAAAAUUGCAUUACAAAGCUUUAAAAAGAUAGGAUUCAAUGUGAGGGUCGAAGUCAAAAAGACACUUUUAACGUUUUCUCAGUCUUUACUAAAACAUUGUUUGUUUUCAUUGAAAAGCUCUAUUCCAAUAGUGGUAUCAAUGAUCUCUUUUCUUUCUAAUGAUCCAAGAUUAAAGAUUGAACCAAAUAAAACUUUAUCACUUUCAGAUACAAAGAAUCAACAAAUUUUAAACAAAAUUAUAUCAUCUGAACUUGAUUCAAGUGUCAAUUCAUUCAUAUCUGUGAUACAAUCACCAAACGAAGAAAGAAUUAUAAAUACAUUAGGAGCAAUUGAAUUUUCACUAAGGCAUUCAUACGAUCAAUUGUUGGUAAAGAAGCUUAUAGAGACUACAAGAAUUGAAAUGGCCGAUAUGUUAAGGAAAACCUGUUCAAAAUCAAAAGUUCAGAGUAUAUCUAAUGGUGCUAUCGAUUUAAUGGUCAUUAGUAAAGAAGUAUCAGAAUUUCCUAGUGACACAAAAUUGAGCUCAAUUUUUGGUAAGAUUUUCUCAGAAAAGGUCGAGAAUAAACUUUCACAUCUGUAUAAUAUCAUAGGUAGCUUGAGUGACCCAUCUGAGAAUAUUGAAGAGCUAUUGGUUGAUGACUAUGGUACAAAUUAUGAAAAGGCUAUUGCACUUUGGAUCUCUAAUAAUUUGUUAAAUGGACAUUUUGAAAAGUCGAGACCAGAAAGAAUUGCUGACGAAUUCUUAGAUUUUGAAGAGGAGGAGAUGGCUUUACAAGAAACUCCAGAAUCAGCAUAUUUAGUACUUGAUUAUUCUAAAAGGAUAUUAGAGAAUAUUCCAGAAUUUGAAUUAAGUCAAGAAUUGGAACUUGUCAGUUCAAUUGCAGUUGAUUCUGUGGGUAUAGCUGCUUAUCAUUUAAGAGAAGAGUUUCGUUUUGAGUUAGUUGAUUAUCUCUAUCCUGUCAUUGAUUCAUUGGCAUCACCAUCUGAAACCGUGAGGAAACAUGCUUCUAACACUAGUAUGAUUAUUGCUGAUACAUUAUAUCGUGGAUCUUUAUAUGAACUGAUCUUAGUCAAUGCUGAUUAUUUGGUUGAUGCUGUUUCUAUUAGAUUAAGUAACGCCAUGACAACCAGAGCUACAGCUAUUCUUGCUGUUUGUGUCAAAAUUGCGGGUUAUAAGAUUAUAGAAACUUUUAAAGAUGUUCUUGAAAUAAUAUUCAGUUUAUUGGAUUAUUAUCACGGGUACGAUGAUUUGUGUAUUGGGUUUUUCAUGUUGUUUGAAAUUGUUGCUGAUGAAAUCAAUAAGAAGUAUCUCCAUGAUUAUGAUACCCAAAAGCUUGAGUAUUUCGAAAGCUCUUCAACGUAUUCUCCUUGGGGUUUGAAGAACUUGAACCAAUUAAAAAAUUUACUAGAUAAAUCACAAAGGGAGGUGAUCAUUGAAGAGAAGCCACAAGAAACAGAAGAUGAUGUUGAAGAUGAAAUAAAUGCCCAGGAUAGUGAUGAUGAAGAUUUACCAGAAGAUGUUAUUCCAAAAGUUGAAGAGAAGAAGUGGAUUUCACCAAUACCCGAAGAUGCCUACAAACUUUUACAACAAGUUGUCUAUUAUGGUGAGAGAUUAUUAACACACAAUUCUGUGAAACUACAUAUCCAGAUAUUGAGAACCUAUGAAAAAAUUGUUCCUAUAUUAGCCACUGCACCUGAUAAUUUACAUCCAAUUACUGCUUCAAUUUGGCCAGUUAUGUGUCAACAAGUUAACAACAGUGACCCCAAAAUUAUCAUCCCAGGCUCUAAAGUUUUAUCACAAUUAUUGAAAUACAACAAAGGAUUUUUAUCAACUAGAUUUACCGAAUUCUGGUCUAUUUUGAAAAACAAUAACUUAUUGAGAUCUGCUAAUAAAAGCAUCUCUGAAACACAAAAAGUUGUUUUACCUGGUUUGAACUCAAAAGCUUAUGAAAGUAUUGUAAAUAUGCUAAUAGCUGGUCUUGAUUCAAUGGGUAGAUAUAUACCAGAUUCAAUAACAGAAGAAAUAAUUAAAACUUGCGUUGGUGUUGUUCCCGAUAUUGAAAGAUUUGGAAUGAGUUCAGACAUAGCAUGGUCAAUCAAAGAUGAAUUAUAUGGAUCUCUCAAAGCUGAUCAAAAGCCCUCCAAUGUUGAAGCUUCUUCUGGCACCACAUAUGCUUUUGUAUAA